AUGCCGUUAGAUCUCAAUUACGCACCUGGAGCAGAGGACGAAGCGGACGACGAUUUCAUUGACGAUGAUGACUUGCCUGGACCAUCGAGUAGAACCAAGAAGGGCGGUAUGGCAGGAAGCAAAGGUGGUGCAAAGGGGAAAGAUCCUGGAAGACACGCCUGGGAAGCGGAAUACAAGAAAUCGUGGGAUAUAGUACAAGAAGAUGAGAAGGGGUCAUUGGAAUCUGCUGUGGAAAGUCUGCUAGCUAGAGGAAGGCGGAAAAGAGCAUUGAUGGCAGAUACGCCCUUAAGGAGAUCGAUUAUCAGACAUAUGUUUAUAAUACUUGAUUUGUCUGAAUCGAUGAUGGAUAAGGAUUUUAGACCUACAAGAUUCGAGGUGAUAUUAGGAUAUCUAAGAUCAUAUGUCGUAGAAUGGUUUGAUCAGAAUCCAUUAGGUCAGAUAGGUAUCAUCAUCAUGAGAGAUAGGUUGUCGGAAGUAUUGGUACCUAUGGGAGGCAACCCACAAGAGAUAUUGAGUGUCUUAUCGGAUAAGAGAAAGUUGGAACCUUCUGGUGAACCUUCUUUGCAGAAUGGCCUAAUGAUGGCUAAGGGCGGGAUGAGUCAUUUACCAACCACCUCUUCCCUCGAAACACUGAUCAUAUUCUCAUCCAUAUCCACGGCCGAUCCCGACGGUCCCAUUACAAUUCACAACGUCCUUCAGGAGAUGGUCGAUUCGAAGAUUCGAACCAACAUUCUAUCCUUAUCCGGAGAGAUUAAGAUCUGCAAACAGAUAUCUGAGCGAACCAAUGGGAAGUUCGGAGUAGCAUUAGAUCAAGAUCAUCUGAAGGAUUUGAUGUGGGAUACUAUCCCUCCUCCAGCUACUACCAUCGCACCUCCCAUCACCGUUGGGGUCAGGAAUGCUUUGGCAGGAGCUGCAGCUGGUCAACAGCGAGGUGCAGCGGGUAAAGCACCUGUAGGAGAUUUGAUGGUCAUGGGCUUCCCUAUUCAAUUACCGCUUGGAGGAGAGACGCUUUGUUCAUGUCAUGGUCUGUUGAAGAAGGGGGGAUAUCUGUGUCCGAGAUGUGGUAGUAAAUUAUGUGAUGUACCUACGGAUUGUGAGGUCUGCGGAUUGAUGGUGGUAUCAAGUCCGCACCUGGCGAGAAGUUUUUGGUUUUUGUUCCCAGUCGCAAAUUACGGUGUUUUAGCAGUGGAAGAUCUGAUGGAUAGUGGGAAUGGAUAUACGUGCUUUGGAUGUGAUGUAGAGUUUCCAGAUGUUGCGACGAUUGAAGAAGGUGUAGCUCAGGUAGAAGAUGGUGUUAGCCCUACUGGAAGGUACAGGUGCGCUAAGUGUAAGAAGGAUUUUUGUGCGGAUUGCGAUUUGUAUAUCCACGAUACUUUACACACAUGUCCUGGAUGUUCUCAGUGA